CUUCAAUUCCUCUGUACAAUCAAAUCAUGCAUGAAACCGAUCAAAUUCGCGAGGUAUUAAAUACCGAUAUCAGAACUCCCAUUCCCCAGCCACUCGUAACCAGGAUCACAUCCCUGCCGCCAUUUAUCCCUAUACAAGGUGUCUCCAACUUUCGCGACCUGAGCCAUGAUGACAACAAGCUACGUCCGGGAUUCGUGUAUCGGUCGGGAAACUUGUCCGACAUCUGGGGUGCCGGGAAAUCCAUCAUCGCAACCGAAUUGGGAAUCACCACAAUCUUCGACCUCCGGAAUGAAGGCGAGCGACAAAAAGCACCUCCACCUUCUAUCACAGGAGUCGAGACGAUAUGGUUACCAUACGGAGCACGACCGGCCACUUUGAAUCUCCGCGACUUCGCAGGUGAAGACAAGGGUGCUGCAGGGUUCGUGAAGAUGUACUUCGGGAUCCUUGAAGCGGCUGCCCCAUGUUUCACCGAGAUAUUCAAGCAUAUCAGAGAUAACCCAGAUGACCCGUUCAUCGUCCAUUGCUCCGCCGGUAAAGAUCGCACGGGUGUCUUCGCCUCUCUUAUCCUCCUCCUGAUCAAUCGACCUCAUGACGAUAUUAUCAACGAUUACAUCCUCACUCGAGUCGGACUGGAAAGCGCCCGGGAGAACCUCAUGGAGGCAUUCGCGAUAAACUUGGGAACUGACGGAAUCGACAUCAGCCAGUUGAGUCCCGAAGCACUGGGUAUGCUCGAACUGUGUGGUGUUCGAGCCAAUUCCAUGGCGGCUUUCCUGAUAUCAUUUGAGAACACCUAUAAAAACGGCGUUGAGGGCUAUCUCAUCGACAGACUUGGGUUUACUCUGAGGGAUGUAUCGACGAUGCGCAAGAACCUGACCUAGCGGAGCAACCGCGAUCAUCUGUACAAAUAGAAACAAGCAUGUAUAGAAUAGAUAUAUAUUAUUGCAUUA